UUGGGGCGGCGGCGUGUCCGCGCUCGCCUCCUCGGCGCCAUGUGGAGAGCCGCUGCCGCCGCCGCGGCGCGGGCCCUGUGCCGUGCCCCGCCGCUGCCGCCGCCCCCGCGGCGGCGGGUCGUGAGCGUGGCGGUGUCGCCCGCCGCCGGCCUAGCGGACGAGCGCGUGGAGACGCGGGUGGCGGGGCUGGGCCCGGGGCAGCCGGUGACGCUGCGGGCGGUGGCGGCGGACGAGCGCGGCUGCCUCUUCCAGUCGUGCGCGCACUACCGGGCCGACGGCCGCGGAGAGCUGCACCUGGGCACUGACGCCUCGCACGGCGGCGACUACAGCGGCGUGGAGCCCAUGGGGCUCUUCUGGAGCCUCGCCCCCGCCGGCAUGGAGCGGCCGUACCAGCGGCUCCUGCCCCGCAGCACCGGCGCCCCCCUGAAGGUGGAGGUGCUGGUGCAUCAGGGCCACAGCCGGUCCGGCGCCAUGCCCGGCCCGGUGAUGGCCAAGGCCGAGGUGGAGCGGUGGUUCACGGCACCCGGCGUGCGGCGCAUCCGGCUCAAGGAGGGAGCCGUGCGGGGCUCCCUCUUCCUGCCGCCCGGGGAUGGCCCCUUUCCAGGAGUGAUUGACAUGUAUGGAGAUGAAGGGGGUUUAAUUGAAUUUAGAUCCAGCCUCUUGGCCACUCGUGGUUUUGCUGCUCUUUCUCUGCCUUACUUUGACUUUGAAGAUCUGCCUAAAGUUAUGAAAGAAUUCAAACUCGAGUACUUUGAGGAGGCAGCUAGAUUUCUACAGCGUCACCCGAAGGUGAAAGGGCCAGGAGUUGGAGUGAUUGGGACUGGGAAAGGGGCAGAAUUAGCACUCUCCAUGAUCACCUUCCUGCCAGAAGUAGUGGCUGCUGUCUCUAUCUCCGGCUGUAGCUCGAACACAGUUGCAGACCUCCAUUAUGGUGAGAUGACUCUGCCUGGGCUGCGUUUUAAUAUGAAUAAGGUCAGUGUUUCUGACACUGGUGUGUUUGACACUUUUGAAGCUCUGGACGACCCAAUGAAUCCUGCUAAUUCCCCUUGCACAAUCCCCAUAGAAAAAGCCGAGGGUCACUUUCUCUUAGUGGUAGGAGAAGACGAUCGUAUGUGGAAGAGCUCCUUAUAUGCUGAGCUGGCAAUUGGACGUCUGCGCCAGCAUGGAAAAGAAAAUUUUGAGCUCUUGAGUUAUCCAGGAGCAGGCCACCGAAUCGAUCCUCCUUCUACUCCAUUUUGUCAGGUAGCUGUGGAUCGUGUUCUGGGGGUACCUGUCGUAGGGGGUGGAGAGAGCAAAGCACAUGCCCAUGCACAGGAACACUCCUGGGGAAAGAUUCAGGAGUUUCUGCGCUUGCAUUUAGGAUGAACGCUUUGGUACCUGAAAGCUGCUGCUGAGUUGCAAAGGGCUGAGCUUGAGCCACCAAAAUGACUAGAGAAUUGGAGGGACUGACUGAGAAAAGGUCUGAGAUCAAAAUAACCAAAUGACAACUCAGCUAUGUGUGCAAAUCCAAACAGAAAGGAAAUUAUUCUGAGCUAUUUUAACUAGAUAUCCUGAGGAGAAGUGAAACAACGAUAAUAAAUAGACUGCAUUUUAGUAAAUUUGUCAGCCUGAAUUAGUCUUGGUAUCAAGAAACAAGUGUCUGAAGAGAGUGGUAGGUACUUUCUUGCCUGCAGUAUUUAUGACUUAAGGAACUUGGCAAACCAGUCUGCACUGUCAGAAAUGGCAGACUGGUUCCCACAUGGGGAAAUGAUGGUAACCUAUAGAUGAUAAACAUCCAAAUGAGAAAUGAUUCUGGCUUUGGAUCUGAAUCAAGCUACUUCAGCUCAGAAGUCUCCAAUUUACAGCCGAACAUAUUUUGGAAAUGUCUUCUAUCUCUCUGAAGUGAGGGGUAUCUAUUUGUAAUAAGUAUUUUGUACCUUUACCUUAGAAGUCUUCUGCCGAUGUAGUCAAUGCUUCUUUCCAACAAAAAACUACCUAUAGAGUGAGAAAAUGAAAAGUACUUUUACUGUUGUCCGGGGAGAAUAGCAGUGCCAGCACUUCCUUGUACUAGGGAUGUAAUCAGCAGGAAUUCAUCUGUUCCUAUCUUGUCUUGAACUGGCACUUAACACUCAGGGUAUUUGCUGAGCAGCACUGUUAAAUGCAGUUAUGUGAAACUUACUUCUCUCUUGAUUGCUUAUUUAGUAUAGUAACACCUGUCACUAAAUUUUGGAUUAAUUACUUGUGGAGCUCUUUGGUAAUGAUGUCAGCAGAUGCUGACAGUUGUUUUUAGUGAGGAAGAUGACUUGAGAAACAGAAAAUGUGGCCAACAGAAGAUUGCAGGACUGACGAAAAAACUAAAAUAUGGCAAUGAUUAACUUAGUAUUAGCUUUUUUUUAAUAUUAUGAUUUUAGCUUUCCCAUGGCUACUGGGGAUUGUUUUUCAUCGUAAUUAAUUUUUGGUUGAUGCCUUAUUUUUCCCACCAUUUGGGUAGAAAGAAACAACUUAAGAAAUCAAAUCAUUUUGGAAGAGGAUCCUGCUGAAAUGGUGCCCGUGCUGGAGGCCUAUUUAACAAGGUCUUCUGCUGAUACAGUGCUCCUUCCAGGGUCAUUUUUUCCAGACCGUUUCAAGAGCUUUCUGAGAAGUUACAACCCCUUCAUUUAUGGUAUUGAAUUUUGGUUUGCUCUGAGGGAUCUGUUCUCUCCAAUUAACUGUCAUUAUGCCCUUGCUCAGGUCUCAUUAGCUUUGUUCUGCAACUCAGUAUGACUUACCAUUUGAGUGCAAGUCACAUGUUACCCAUGCACACCAUCACUUCCAGUUGAACAGUUUAGCUAUUCACUCCUUAAAAGAUAAAUUCUACCAUACUCACUCCCCUCAAAACAUCUUCACAGCUGCCUCUCUAAACUGUUUGGCUGAAGAGGCCCUGCAGGGUAAUUUCCGGUGCUUGAAUGUGCACUAAAACUGUCUGCCUUAGAAGUACAGGAUGGCAGCGGGCUGAGAUGUGCAUAUUGGUGUUGCCCAUGCUUCGCACCCUGCCUUUUUGCCAAAGCCACUCCAGAUCAUAACUGUAGAAGAAAUUGUCCAAAGGUUUCCUUCUGCACUGUCUGCCCUCGCCAGGUGGAUCUCCAGCAGUCGGAGCUGACUGUGCAGUUGGCUUUAGUUGAACGGUGCCUCUUCAAUCCCCAUUUUGUUAGCGUCCUGGUAUUGAUACCCAUGUCUUUCCACUGCAGUCCUCCAUAGAAUAUCCAUGACAAGCAAGAUCAAAAGCUGGAGUUUCAGGAAGCAGAUGUUACGGUGUAAUUAGAACAAAACCCAGGUAGCUUAAAAAUCCCCAAAUUUAUUUCUAAAGCAUAAACCUUUAAAAGAAUUCUUACUAGCUAUUGACAGGUAUAUGCAUUUUAAAAGAGAAGUAACACCUUCUUUAUUAAAAGGCAAGGCUGUUCAAGAGUUCAACACGUUUCUUGUUUCUGAAUAAUUCAUUCAUUUGGAAAGCUGAAUAAUACAUCUUUUAAACGAAGAAGGAAAGAACAAUAAAAGGAGCAACUUUACUGUGGAAAUACCUUUAGAAACAGGGCAGGAUACUCAGGCCAAAGUUAUUCACGAAAUGGUCUGUAGAAAAGUGGUCAGCUUGUGUACUAAUAUUUUGUAUAUUUACAGUGCUACUUGGAUACCAAAGAUGCAACACUCUGUAGAUAAUAUAUCUAUUUCCUGAAUGAGGAGUGCCAGAAAUAUUUAUAGUAUGUGCUAAAAUGAGUGACUGUGGCCUUAAAAUAAUACUAUUUAUGCUGUUUGUAUACUUUACAUGGCAGAACUCCCACAGCAUUUAAUUGAGAAUAUUGCUUGGAUGGAUGGCUUAGCUUUAUUGGCUAAAUUUGGGGCCAUCUCUUGAUGGAGGCACAAUUAGGCUUGGGGUUCGAAAAACACUCCAUGACUUAAGGACAGCCAGUGCAGUCUGGAAAAGCUUCGGCUCGUCUGCUUCUUGCAGAUAGCAGCAGGCAAAUUUGGGGUGACUCCAACAGCACCAGGUUGUGAUAUGUUACCAGCCAAAAGCUGACACUUGGGUCAGCUGUAAUUAAUAGAUCAUACCUUACUGGAUCAAAUUACUGCUGAAAUGUAUGGUUUGUAUUACAGGAUCAUUUUGUGCAGACACUAUUUGUAAUUUUAAGAUGAACUUUUUUCACUGGUUGACUUAAAUAAAAUGCAUAUAAUGAUGCUA